AUGCUGGAGCUGGAUGGGACGACGCUGACUUACGAGGUGUUUCGCGACGCAUGCCUCAGGCCGAACCGCCCCGCCAUUAUUCGGAAUGCGUGCCGUGACGCGAGCGAUGGCAUCUGCUUUGACCUCGCAGCCCUCAAGCGCCGCCUCUGUCCACGAGAGCUAUGCCGGUCUCUCGGAUCCCGGGCUUUGGUUCCUGUCUACCCCGUGUUCUCCACGGUGCAAGUGGCUUCAUAUGACAGCACGCCAGCGGCAAGGGUGGAGAGGCUCCACGAGCCACCAACGACAGUUAAGGAUGAGGAGAGGGAGGAAGACGAGGAGGGUUGCUGUAAAGAGGUGCCUCUGGAGGUGGUGCUGCGCUCGUGGGCCACAUCGGCGAGUGCGGCCGCCUGCUCUCUGUCGCAGCCGCACGUGUACUAUCUGAAGGACUGGCACUUGCAAGCCACGCUGGAGAACACCGCGACUACUUCGAUCACCACAGCGUCGUCAACUCCAUCAUCACAACGGUCUGAGUAUGCUAAGCGUCGGGCAAGCGGCAUCCACGGCGACGGGCUCUACCGCGUUCCAAGGUUCCUUGGUGCGGACUGGAUGGAUUCCUUCUGUUCUCGCAACGUGAUGCCGAGCCAUGAUGUACACAGCAGGACUUCGCCAGCCGACGACACAGGCACCCGCGCGCAUAUGGGGUUUGGUGAUAGCGAGAGUGAUUAUCGGUUCUGCUACAUGGGCCCCGUAGGGAGCUGGACGCCGCUGCACUGCGACGUGUUUGGCACGUACUCCUGGUCCUUCAACGUCUGUGGCGACAAACAUUGGUUCUUUCCUACCAUGGCCGGCAACGCGUACUUGCACACCCACCUUCUCCCGCUGUUCCCGACGCCGUCAGACAUUCGUGUGCUGACUGGCUUUGAGUUGGACACGGUCGUGCAGCAUCCUGGCGAUCUCGUCUUUGUGCCUGCCCUCUUCUACCACCAAGUACACAACAUCAGCGGCGAGGUGCUUCCCUUAUUUGUCGAUGAGGGGGUGGCCACCGAGGAAGUCCGCCGUAGAGACGGCGCUGUCAUGUCCUUUGCGUCAGCUGAGGUGAAUGCGCAGCUGUCGGCAGCACUGACCGUGGCGCUAAACCACAACUGGUGCAACGCCUUCAACGUGGGGCGCAUGGCGGCGGCUUUUUUGGCCGAUGCACGACAGCUUUCAUCUCACCUCUCCACGGACGACUUAGCCGUCAUCUGCGACACACACGAUCCGGCGGUGUGGCGGCAAUUUGCGGACCGGAUGCUUCACAACGGGACCAACUGGUCGUUUGCGAGCAUGAACUGCUUCCUGGACUACUGCCUGGCGCGGGUCGAUUUAGGCGCGGAUGUGACUGAUGGGACCGAGGACGAGCGCAACGCAGCAGCGGAUGAGCUGCGCCGGCUUCGUGUUCAAGUUGCUGACGAGUACGCACGCCUGUUCGAGGAGUAG